CGGACUCCCGGAGACGUUUGACAGUCCUGAAGAGAUAAAGGCCAAAGUGGAGACCCUCGCUCAGUUGAUCAAAGAAUCUCAGUACUUGGUUGUCCACUCUGGAGCUGGAAUCAGCACCUCGACAGGCAUCCCUGACUUCAGCUAGAGGAGUCGCCCCCCUGCUGGCUGGUAAAAGGAAUGCAGGUUGAAGUCUACAGACUACAGACUUCUACAGAAGGAGUGGCCGGCCUCGGAAAAUUACCCCAAGAGCACAGCGACGACUCAUCCAGGAGGUCACAAAGGAACCCAGGACAACAUCGAAAGAACUGCAGACAUCCCUUGCAUCAGUUAAGUGUCUCAUGUGGCCCUGCAGCUUCUCCUCCUCCACCUCCUCCUGAAGCCUUCAUCUUCUUCAUCAUCAGCUGCUCAGUGACUCUGUUGGACGUCUCACCGUGUGGCAGCAGCUCAGGUCAGUGGUGAAGAUCCUCUUUAUCAGCUCCACACCCACAGACGUAGUGAACGCAGCGUCUGUUGUUGUGCUAAUAAGAAGCUGCAGCUGAGCAGCAGCAGCUCUGUUCACUCCAGCCUCAGUCACACAUGGAGUCAGAGCAACACUCUGUCAGAGCUGAUUCCUCAAUGUUAGAUCUGAUUAAUCUCUCUCUAGUAACAGGUUAUGUACCACAGGCUUUUAAGGUUGCUGUAAUCAAACCUUUACUUAAAAAGCCCACUCUAGAUCCAGAUGUUUUAGCCAACUAUAGACCAGUUUCCAACCUCCCAUUUCUCUCCAAAAUUCUGGAAAGAACAGUUGCAAAUCAAUUAUGUGAACAUUUACAAAGGAAUAGCUUGUUUGAAGAGUUUCAGUCAGGCUUCAGAGUGCAUCAUAGCACAGAAACAGCUCUGGUGAAAGUUACUAAUGACCUUCUCAUAGCGUCAGAUAAUGGACUGGUCUCUAUACUUAUUUUAUUGGACCUUAGUGCAGCAUUCGAUACAAUCAACCACAAACUUUUAUUACAGCGACUAGAACAUUCUAUUGGCAUUAAAGGGACAGCACUGGACUGGUUUAAAUCCUACUUAUCAGACAGGUUCCAGUUUGUGCAUGUCAACAAUGACUCUUCUGAGCAUACUAGGGUUAAUCAUGGAGUUCCUCAGGGUUCUGUCUUAGGACCAAUACUGUUCACAUUAUACAUGCUUCCCUUAGGCAACAUUAUUAGGAAGCACUGUAUUAAUUUCCAUUGUUAUGCUGACGACACUCAAUUGUAUUUAUCUAUGAAGCCAAAUGAAACUAAUCAGCUAGCUAGACUGCAAGAUUGUCUUAAGGACAUAAAGACCUGGAUGACCUAUAAUUUCUUACUACUAAAUUUAGACAAGAUUGAAGUCAUUGUAUUUGGCCCCAAACAUCUUAGAGAAUUGCUUUCAAAGCAUAUAGUUACUCUGGAUGGCAUUACAUUGGCCUCCAGUACUACUGUGAGGAACCUCGGUGUUAUCUUUGACCAGGACAUGUCCUUUAACUCGCACAUAAAACAAAUCUGUAGGACUUCCUUUUUCCACCUGAGAAAUAUUGUGAAAAUGAGGAACAUCCUGUCUCAGAGUGAUGCAGAAAAACUAGUCCAUGCAUUUGUUACUUCUAGACUUGACUACUGUAAUUCCUUAUUAUCAGGUUGUCCCAAUAGCUCUCUGAAAUAUCUACAGCUGAUCCAAAAUGCUGCAGCCAGAGUACUGACAGGAGUUAGCAAGAGAGAUCAUAUUUCUCCUAUAUUGGUUUCUCUUCAUUGGCUUCCUGUUAAAUCUAGAAUAGAAUUCAAAAUCCUUCUUCUGACAUAUAAAGCUCUUAACAACCAAUCUCCAUCAUAUCUUAAAGACCUGAUAGUACCAUAUUAUCCUAGCAGAACUCUUCGCUCUCAGACUGCAGGCUUACUUGUUGUUCCUAGAAUCUCUAAAAGUAGAAUGGGAGGCAGAGCCUUCAGUUAUCAGGCGCCUCUCCUGUGGAACCAGCUCCCAGUUUGGGUUCAGGAGGCGGACACCCUCUCUAUUUUUAAGACCAGGCUUAAAACCUUCCUUUUCGACAAAGCUUAUAGUUAGGGCUGACUGGGGGACCCUGACGGGGUAUGCUGGUGUUUUCAUUUGCACAACUGACUUCCCCUCUUGACGUCCCUUUAGUUUGCCCCUAGUUAUGCUGCUAUAGGCCUAGACUGCUGGGGAACCUCUCUUGAUGCACUGAGCCCUUCUCUAACUACCUAUGUAUUUACUACAUAUACCAUUAUUGCAUUACAUUCACUCUGUUUCUUUCUGUGUCCUUUCUCCGAGUGUCCCUGGUCCCAGAGCUGGAUGCUGGAUGCUUCAGAUGUGUGGCUGUGUUUUAUGGUCCUUGUGUCCCACCCCCCCACCUCUCUAUCUCUACCCCUCUAUCUCUACCUCUACCCCUCUAUCUCUACCUUUCUACCUCUUCUGUCCCUCUCAACCCGCCCGGCCAGCAGGCAGAUGGGUCCCCCCACAUUAGAGCCGGGUUCUGCUUGAGGUUUUUUUCCCUGUUAAAAGGGUGUUUUCCUUGCCACUGUCGCCUUUUGGCUUGCUCUGGGGGUCAGGCAUAUGGGUUCUGUAAAGCGUCUCGAGACAAUUUGACUGUAAUUGGCGCUAUAUAAAUAAAAUUGAAUUGAAAAUUGAAUUGAACUGAGAGCUCUCAGCAGUUUUCUACCCAUUUAAGAACAGGACAAACCGAACAAGCUGUUGUAUCGAUUU